UAAGCUAUAUGUAUGAUAACCUAAAUAGGCUUGUGAGUUAUGUUUACGACCAGAACACUUUUUUUUAUUCUCGCGAGAGUUUCCCGAGAUGUCACCAUAGAAACUCAAACGCGCUGAACCCUAAACCGGUUAACACAGCUAGCUGGCAUUUAUACUCACAAUGAUUAACGGCUAUUACGAUACGCUUGAAAUAAACAGAAACGCAACAGAUGCAGAAAUCAAACAAGCAUAUCGACGUCUCGCGCCGAAGUUUCAUCCCAGCAGGAACAGCCAACCCGGAAGUGUUGAGAGAUUCGCCCAGCUGGGUGAAGCCUACGAUGUUCUUAGCGACGCUCGAAAGAAGGCGAUUUAUGAUCAUUUUGGUGAAGAGGGUCUAAAAGACGGUGCCCCGGCUGAGUUUUGCACAGAUGGAGCUUGGACUCCAAAAUAUGCCUACCACGGGAAUCCAGAACAAACAUUCAGACAGUUUUUUGGAGGAGAUAACCCAUUUGCAGAUUUUCUUACCAUCGAAUCGCCGCUUCAGCUCUGUGGCUUGCAUCCAGAAGUGGUGAAAGUUCAAGAUUCUCCGAUAGAGAGAGAUAUUUUCUUGUCACUAGAUGAUUUGUACCUCGGAUGCAUAAAAAAGAUCCAGCUCUCCCGCAUGGUUAUAAAUGAAGAUGGACAAUCUUCUGAAAUCCAGGAAAAGAUUCUGACUAUAGAAGUGAAACGUGGAUGGAAAGAAGGCACAAGAAUCAUAUUCCCCAAAGAAGGAGAUCAGGGACUUAACCGUGUUCCGGCAGACAUCGUGUUCACCGUGAGACAAAAGAGUCAUCCUCUUUUUGUACGACGAAACAAUGACCUUAUCUACAAAACCCAGAUCUCUCUGAUGAUGGCUCUAACCGGCUUUUCUGUGAAUGUGCCGACACUAGAUGGCAGGCUGCUCAACAUUCCCAUCAAUGACAUUGUACACCCUACAUAUGAGAAAGUGGUGGCUGGAGAAGGAAUGCCGUUACCCCAGGAUCCGUCGCAGAGAGGAAACCUCGUCCUUACUUUUGACACUCAGUUUCCAAAGAUGCUCUCUGCUGAAAGAAGACAUCUGAUCCAAAAAGUUCUUGGCACCACACAUGACUAAAGUUUUAUUUACAUCUAAAAAAGUGACAACAUUUGUUAAAUGAAGACUAAAUAUAAAGAGAAUGCUGACAAGGCA